AAACACUUGAAGCUAACUAGGUUUUCGGCCAGUACGACUAAUCCAUUACCAAACACUUGAAUUAAGCAAAAGGCCACUGUCGACACUUCCCAGGUCAUACACCGCCAUGGCCACCGCUACAAUCUUCUCCACAGUCAACACAGAUUUGGCACAUCUCUUUAACUCCUCUUCUCCGAUCAUCGGGAAACCAUCACCUUCAAAUUCCAACUCCGUCAGAUCCACGGUUACAUUUUCCAGGAAAACCCUAACUCCAAUCCGAUUCUCUUCAUCUCCCGCUGAUCACUCCCCCGCCGCCGCCAUCGCUUCUCCCACCGUGGAAGGAAUCGCCACCCGAUCCAAAACCUCACUGAAAUCCCGCCUCCAAGGAGGAGAAACUCUCUACGGCAUGUUCUUGCUCUCCUUUUCGCCGACUCUAGCCGAGAUCGCUGCUCACUCCGGCUACGAUUACGUCGUCGUUGACAUGGAACACGGUCACGGCGGCAUACCGGAAGCUCUAGACUGCAUCCGAGCUCUUAACGCCGCCGGUGUAGCCGCCGUUCUUCGCUUACCGGAGAACUGUCCUACAUGGGCCAAAAAGGCCUUAGAUCUAGGCCCACAGGGAAUCAUGUUUCCGAUGAUCGAAUCUCGCAAGGACGCGACCAAAGCGGUGUCGUACUGCCGGUUUCCUCCUGAGGGGAUCCGUGGUUCGGCGCACACGGUGGUGCGAGCGUCCAAGUACGGAAUCGACGAAGGGUAUUUAGGUAAUUACGCUGACGAGUUACUCAUCAUGUGCCAGGUGGAGUCGGCCGAAGGAGUGAAGAAAGCUGAUGAGAUCGCAGCCGUCGAUGGUGUUGACUGCGUGCAGAUGGGACCGUUGGAUCUGAGCGCGAGCAUGGGAUACUUGUGGGACCCGGGGCAUAAGAAAGUGAGAGAGAUGAUGAGGAGAGCGGAGAAGGCGGUGCUGACGUCAGAUCCAGAGAAAGGCGGGGCCUACUUGUCAGGGUUCGCGAUGCCACACGACGGACCCGCGGCGAUCCGGGAACGUGGUUAUAACAUGGUGGCCGGAACCGUCGAUAUUGGGCUGUUCAGGAACGCUGCUGUGGAAGAUGUCAGGAGAUUCAAGAUGGGUUUGGUCAACGAAUCGGACGGUGAAGAUUCGUUGGAUAACGGGAAGGAUGUUGACGAUGAGAAGUACUGGAGCGAAUAAGCAUGUAAUUCCGUUACAGUUUCUUAAAAAUAAAAUGUGAUUUUGCGUUUUUCAAUGUUUCGUUAAUGUUGUUUGGUCAGUGUUUUUAUUAGAAUCAUGUCGCAAACGUUAACUCUUUCAUAAACCAACAUGAUCACGGUCGUUAGCUCA